AUGUCUCAAAUUACUAGCAGCUUCUUAUCACGCGGUACAGUAAAAUGUUCGAUUGAGAGCUGUCUGAACUUACUCGAAGAAAUCGUGACAAUUGCUCGCGGACAUUGCGAGUCAGACAGAGAAGAGACACAAAUGGGCCCAUGGGAAUACCACCUUGGUCGAUUAUGUCUCUGGGCUGCAGAAGCUCGCCUGCCAACAGUCGAUCAGCGUCUACAUGACUCUCAUCUCAAAUUGGGAGUACAAGCGAUCCUCGAAAGCUUCGGUGAAAAGCUACAGCAUACGCGCGAAUUGCUCUCUACAGACAAUCACGAUCAGGUGGAGCAAAUCAUAAAUGCCGACGAUGGCGCGGCUCCACUUCAGCGAAUGCAACAGACUGCCCGCGAAUACAUUCACUGUCUGUCCAGCAUGACGCUUCUUAUCAAGGAGGCAGAGACAGAACCUCCAACUGCCCAGCAAAGCCAUACAAUUCAGUCUCAAUCACGACGUAAUAUACGUUUUGCUCAAUCAUCAAAGGUGUCAUCAACAGCCGAAUCUUCGCUCAACGUGCCAACAUCGCAGGAUAAGGCCGUCAAACCCCCCAAGGAAGCAGCAAAGUUCACUUGCGGAAAAUGCGAAUCGAAGCCUAUAAUGAAAAUCUCUCAUGGUACUGAUGUUGCGAGAGUAAGUAUGACGCUGAUACAACGUGGUAUGAUGCACAAGGGCGGAGGAUACGCUGAAUAG